GAAUAGCAGUCUACAGUUGUAUUAGUUGGACGGGCAGCCAGAUUGCCGAAGUUUAGAAGCUGCUCUGCGAAGAUUUCACGUUAACAGCUUGCUAAAGAAAAGUACUGUCCGCUUUUGGAAUGAAAUAUUUAUUCUCAGUUAUUACGCAAGGGAUGCAGCCACGGUCAAAUUUACUUUACUUUUAUUAAAAACGUACCUUGAAAUAUGUCGUUGAAUUUUCAGUGAAGAAGGACAGAGUGCUUAAAGGUUUGGCUUUUUUUUUGAGGUGGGAGAAAUAUAUUCAUUACAUAUUCAUCAGAAUAUAUUUUUCUUUGUUCCACAACUAGAAAAACUUGACUCGUGAUGAAUCUCCUGUCACAGUGCUUAUUUGUAGUUGUAGGAUUUACAGUCACUCUGACUUCAGCUAACAAAGUUAGUGAUGUGGAAAAGAAAGAAUAUUUGAAGAACAGACUGAAAGAAUACGGCCUUAUUACACCAAUCAGCACAGAUUCAGAGGGACGCUACCUGUCAUAUCUACUCUCAGCAAACCAUAAACAACGGAUCAAGAGAGAUGUAUCCCAAGGCUUUCCGGCGAAAAAUUACAACCUUUUUUUCAACAUAACUGCAUUUGGAAGAGAGCUUCACCUUCGGUUGCACCCAAAUGAGAGGUUGGUGGCACCCGGUGCGAAGGUGGAGUGGCGUGAUGAGGUGGCCAACUCUGAGAAUGACACCAAUACUGAAAUUCAGAGUCAGUCCGGGAUCCGGAUUGAGAGGAUACUGAAGAGAGAACUUCUUAGAACAGACUGUACAUUUGUUGGUGACAUCACUGAUGUUCCAGGAGCUUCUGUUGCCAUUAACAACUGUGAUGGCCUGGCUGGAAUAAUUCGUACUGACUCCGAUGAAUACUUCAUUGAGCCCCUGGAGAGGGGAACUCAGGAGCAGGAAAAGGAGGGGAGAGUCCAUGUGGUUUACAGAAGAUCAGAUGUUCUGCAUUCUUCUUCAGGCACGUCAAUAGACUAUCAGGUCGUUGACUCGGUGGACACCCCAGGAACACUUGACAACAUUGUCCAGAAUGUAAACAAGACUCGCAGGAAACGCAGGCAUGCAGGAGACAACGAUUACAACAUUGAGGUGCUGCUGGCAGUGGAUGAUUCUGUUGUGCGAUUUCAUGGGAAGGAACAUGUCCAGAACUACCUGCUGACCCUCAUGAACAUUGUCAAUGAAAUAUAUCAUGAUGUCUCUUUAGGUUUUCAUAUAAACGUAGUCCUUGUGCGAAUGAUCAUGCUUGGAUAUCCAAAGUCCGUCAGUCUUAUAGAAAGAGAGAACCCUUCUCGGAGCCUGGAGAAUGUCUGUCGCUGGGCUUUUAUCCAGCAGAAAGCUGACCCCAAGCACUGUGAGCACCAUGACCAUGCUAUCUUUUUGACCCGACAAAGCUUUGGCCCCACUGGUAUGCAAGGAUACGCCCCGGUUACGGGGAUGUGCCAUCCGGUCCGGAGCUGCACCCUCAAUCACGAAGACGGCUUCUCCUCCGCAUUCGUGGUAGCCCAUGAAACGGGCCAUGUGCUGGGAAUGGAGCAUGACGGGCAGGGAAAUCGAUGUGGGGACGAGGUUGCAAUGGGCAGUGUCAUGGCUCCUCUUGUGCAAGCUGCUUUCCAUCGGUACCACUGGUCAAUAUGUAGCGGGCAAGAGCUCAAAAAAUACAUACACUCCUAUGAUUGCCUGUUGGAUGACCCUUUCAUGCACGACUGGCCCCAAAUUCCUGAACUCCCUGGAAUGAAUUAUUCUAUGGAUGAUCAAUGCCGAUUUGAUUUUGGAGUUGGAUACAAGAUCUGCACAUCUUUUCGUACCUUUGAUCCUUGCAAGCAACUGUGGUGCAGUCAUUCUGAUAAUCCCUAUUUCUGCAAGACUAAAAAAGGGCCACCUUUGGAUGGGACAGAAUGUUCCCCAGGAAAGUGGUGUUACAAAGGUCACUGCAUGUGGAGGACCUCCAACCAUGCAAAGCAAGAUGGUGCCUGGGGUUCCUGGACCAAGUCUGGCUCUUGUACUCGAAGCUGUGGGACUGGGGUUCGGUUCAGAACCCGGCAAUGCAACAACCCUGUCCCUUCUAAUGGAGGCCAGGAUUGUCCAGGUGUAAACUUUGAGUAUCAGCUUUGCAACAUGGAUGACUGCCCCAAGAAAUCUGAAGACUUUCGGGCACAGCAGUGCCAGAAACGUAACUUGUACUUCAAGUUUCAAAACAGCAAGCACCACUGGCUACCUUAUGAGCACCCAGACGAAAAUAAAAGAUGUCACUUGUACUGUCAGUCAAGAGAAACAAGCAAUGUGGCUUAUAUGAAGCAAUUAGUGCAUGAUGGGACAAGAUGCUCCUACAGAGACCCUCACAGCAUCUGUGUGCGGGGAGAAUGCGUGAAAGUGGGCUGUGACAAAGAAAUUGGCUCAAACAAAGUUGAGGAUAAUUGUGGGGUGUGUGACGGAGACGACUCUCAUUGUAGGACUGUCAAGGGAACCUUCACUCGCACUCCCAAGAAAUCGGGCCACUUUAAGAUGUUUCUCAUUCCACCUGGUGCUAGACAUGUGAUGGUUCAGGAACAUGAGGGAUUACCUCAAAUUCUUGCAAUCAAGAACCAAGCAACAGGACAAUAUAUACUUAAUGGAAAAGGAGUUGAGGCAAAAUCAAAGACUUUCAUUGAUUUGGGAGUGCAAUGGAAUUACAUCAUUGAGAAUAAUGUUGAGACCUUAUACACAGAUGGGCCUUUAAAUGAUGAAGUGGUUGUUCUGAUUAUCCCUCAGGAUAAUAAGACAGCAUCUACUCUGAUGUAUAAAUACAUUGUACAUGAAGACUCCAUUCCAGUCCACCACAACAAUGUAAUUCAGGAGGAUAUCUAUGAAUGGGCAUUGAAGAAUUGGUCACAGUGUUCCAGACCUUGUGCUGGAGGGUUUCAGUAUACUAAGUAUGGAUGUAGAAAAAAAGGUGACAGCAAGAUGGCCCAUCAAAGCUAUUGUGACGUCAGCAAGAAGCCAAAACCAGUCCGUCGCAUAUGUAACAUGGAAGAAUGCACAACACCACAGUGGAUAGCGGAAGAAUGGGAGCACUGCACCAAGACAUGUGGCAACUUGGGCUAUCAGAUCCGCACAGUGCAGUGCAUGCAGCUCCUUCAUGAAGGUGCUAAUCGAUCAGUCCACAGCAAGCACUGCAGCGGGAAGAAACCAGAGAGCCGGAGGCCCUGCAACAGACAGCUCUGUCCUGCUCAGUGGAGAACUGGGACCUGGUCAAAGUGUUCAGUGACUUGUGGAGAGGGUAUGGAGCAUCGCCUGGUGACUUGCCCCACUGGGGGUCAAUGCAGUGGGGACAAACCAGAAGCCAUCAGGCCAUGUAAACGCAGCUUGUGCCAUGAUGAACAGUGCACUGGAGAUAAGUCCAUUUUCUGCCAAAUGGAAGUUCUAGCCCGAUAUUGUUCAAUCCCAGACUACAACAAACUAUGCUGUGAGUCCUGCAGCAAGAAUGGCAGCAGUCCCACUCCCUUCUUCUCUGAAGCUGCUGAGGAUGAGGAAGAGGUCAGGUUUCAUACAGACCACAUUUCUAAAAUCUUGAAAAUCUCGUAACCUUUUUUCAGAGCCCAAUAACACAACUGAUCGGCUCACUUUUAUUUCUCCUGCAGUUUCUGUCCUGAGAAAAAUCUUCAGUAAAAAUAGUUUGACUCAAAGGUGGUUCAUGCCACCUACUAACUGUGGAGGAAGGAAUUUACCUGUGUCACGUUCAAGACAGCACAAAUAUUCUAAUGAUUAGCCGUGGAGGAAAGAUGCAUUUCAAGAACGUUCUGAGGAGGCAUGAUGAGUUUUAAAUGCUGCCAAACCUGAUAGAAUAUAUCUCACAACAAGCCUGGAUAACUUGUAUUUUAAAAUUUAAAUAGAAAGAGAACAGAAAAUAGAAAGUGCUGGUUCACUUUAAUAAUGAACAUUCUAUUCUGCCUGGAAUAAAAAAUACCAAAGACCUCAAUAUAAUUACAGUCACUUUAAAGAACUUUGUUGCAGUCAACAGUGGCAAGACUAAGAUUAAUAUUUUUAGAUAUUUCUCACCACUUUUCCUGUAAUAUAUGUAUAAUUUGUCAUGUACACAAUAUAUUUGUGAAAUAUCUGUCAUAUUUGAGCUUAAGAGUAUAAGAACAUUUAAUGUCAAUGUUAAGAAUUUUCACACAGACACUUAUAAGCUUCUGAUUCUAAGAUCAGCUUUUUAAAAAAAUCAUGUGAAAGAAAUAUUAAGAUCAUGAGGUUAUAGAUUGGAAAGUUGGAAAAUGUUCUGGAUAUGGCUUAAAAAUAAGUCUUAUUUUCUAGCAGCAAAACUUUUAUUUAUGGAUACCAUGUUCAGUUGCAAUACAGACAAGAGCUAAACUAACAAAACUGGGUGUCACAGUGGAUCUGCUGGUAGCACCAGCAUUCGACCGCCUUGGUUCAGGUUUCAGUCCCUCCAAUGGCUUGCACACCACAUGUAACUCCGAUUUCCUCCUGCAUACCACACACAUGUUGUUAGGCUAGGGUAGGUGUCUUGAAAUUGUGUGUGUGUGUGUGAGUGUGUGUGCCCGGUGAUGGACUGGUGCCUGAUCCAAGGUGUACCCCCGCCUUGUGUCCUGUGUUGCCUGAGAUAUGCUGUUUUACCCCCAUGACCCUGAUCAAGAUUAGCAGCUGGAAGACAGAUGGAUAAACUGAUAACCCAUGAUUUAUCUGAAUGUACGUUCCAACAAAUGUUCCUCUCCACUGAAAAAAGAAAAUGAAAAUAAGGAAUAUGUAUAGCCAAGCUGCCAUAUAUGUAGAGCAUAUUGAAUAAGGUUCUUUGGAAGAACUGUAUCGCAAUCACAUCGCAUUUGACUGCAAUAAGAUAUAUGUACAUGACUUAGGAUAUUAUACUGGUAUGUUUCAUGUGUUGUGCAGAACAAAGGAUUUAUUUAUUGAAAAUUUCACAUUCUAUUUCAUUUUCAUACUGAUCUGUCAAUGCAUGCCUUAAAUGCAUUAAAUAGAAGUUUUCAUUUUCCUUUUGACACUUGCCAAGCCCCAUGAUUUUUAAAACAUUGUUCUCAUGUCAGAAUAACGCUGAAUGAGUUCAAAUUUGUCAUUUUUCGGUAGCAUAUAUCAGAAUGGAUAGAUGGAUAAAUACUUGUUUUAUCAUUAAUGUUGUAUUUUAAGCUAUUUCUGCACAGCCAGGUGUAGUAUAAAUUUUCAUAAGAAACUUGAAUUACAUAUAUGCAUUCCAACUAUUUAAAGUGGGGGCUUUACAAAGCAAAAGAUAUGUGACCUUUUAUCAUUUUUAAGUGUUUAACGUGAAAGAGAAAUUGUAUUAUGAUAAUUUUAUGGGUGUUUAGCUGCUGAAUAACGAUAAACAAUCGCUUUGUUUGAUAAUGUGUUUAAAUUUUUAAUAAAUUAGCUUGGUUAGUUUGAUUUUUAAUUCAGACAGCUCAGAUAUAUGGAAUAUAUAUGGUCUAUCCAGACAGUAUUACCCAUGCAUUUGUGACUUUUUGUAAUUCUAAUCUUGCAUUUUUCCUGUGUAAACUACUGAAACCAUUUGUUGUAAUGGGAGCAGACUGAAAUAAACAUACUGAACCUUA